AUGGAGUUGGCAGCGAGACGGAGGACGAUCACUACUAGAAGGCAUCCGUGCGCUCUUGGGCUAUGUCUUAAUGCUGGCAGUCAUGACUUUCAACAUAGGCAUCUUUUGCGCCGUACUGGCUGGCAUCGUUGUGGGCGAACUCACUAUGGGGAGAUUUACUCAGCAAUCACCGGGUUGGCAGGACGGAUCAUGCCACGAUGGAUGAUGACAUGUCUUUUGGGUUUUAUUAUUCUCCCUUCAUUUCAGUGUAGUAACCAAUUUUCUCCUAAGUACGUGUGUAUAAAGUCACUCAUGUGCCAACCACGCAAUACUGAAAAGAGCAAUGCCAACACUACACUAGCAAUCAUGGACAGACCCAAGCCAUAUCCGUGCGCAAUUCAGACUCAGUAA